UCUUCUCUUGCCCAUCUGCGCGCAUCCGCUCUUCAGCCUUGUCCCGUCUGCACCUUCCCGCAAUCAUCAGCCAACUUUUGUCGAGCUCCACGCACCUUCCUCUUCUCAUUCUUUGCACUUGCUCUCACCCCUACACGUCCCACAGCAAAAAAAACCAGGGUUUGAUAUCCACCAUGAGCAAUCCUGCUUCUUUCUGGGCGGCUAAGUCCAACUGCGUGAAGUCACCCCAAGCGCCGGCGCAUGUCGCUGAGCCAGUCGCGCCACGUGAGCCACUGAAGAAGAAAGGCAUGGCCCUGAAGGGUACCACGAACGGUAUCGAGAAGACCAAUUGGGCCGACAGCGAUGACGAAGAAGAGUUCCUCGCCUCAUUCACCUCAUCCGGACGCGUUCAAGAGCUCGAGAAGACCAUUGCUGCCAAGGUCUCCCGCAUCACCGACCUGACGACUGCGCUACAGCAGAAGGAGGGCCGCAUCACCGAGCUCGAGUCCACUUUCGAAGAGCAGAAGGAUCGCCUGACCGAGCUUCAGGCGAACACGGACGCCUUGACCACUCAGAUCGCAGAGCUGAAGAAGGAGAACCACAACAAGUCCCUUCAUGUGCAGAAGUUGGUUGCAGAGGUCAAUGAGAAAGAUCGCCGCAUUGCAGCGCUAGAGACCGAGGUUGAUGAGCAUUGUGCUACAAUCGCCGAGUUGGACGUGGGUGACAGCUCGACACAAGUUUCGUCGCACGACACACCUGCGGUGACGAAGGAGGUUGGCACAUCAGGCACCAGUUCGCCGAAGGUCAAGGUUAGGGAGGGGGAGGUUGGGCCAGCCAAAAAGGCCGCACAGCCCACAACCAAGGAGGUCACGACUGGGGAUGAUGCUCCAGUCAUCCCCUCUCCCAUGUUUGCCCACACAAAGACGGCUGGGCCGACGGUGAACCUCUCUGGAUUUCCCAUCUUCGCUACUCCAGCCACGGUCAAGCAAACUACGCCGCCUCCUCCAGCGCCCAUGCUGAAGAUGCCCGUCGACUUGUCGAAGUUUGCAAAGAAGCCGGCCUGCAAGACGGUCACGCCCAGGAAGAAGGUCGAGGCUGCGUCAGCCGAGGUUGUUAAGGAUGGUCCAGUCCCUCAGAUCGACCCAUCGUCAGACAUUCGAACGAAGUCCCACGAGGAGCGCGUUCUGUUUGCGAACGGCCCCAAGGUGCAAGUGAGGAUGGGUGACAUCUCUCUCGCCACUGUGCCCAUGUACGUCCUCAUGCAAUGCUCGCCGAAGGCAUUCAAGCACUUCUCAAACAACCCGGAUGCUACCUCCUUCACCUUGCCAGCUGGUUCGAUGGAUGCUAACGCUGCAACCGCACAUCUGGAGUGGAUGAAGGAGAUGACCUACCAAGGUCGUGUGUACUCCGUCACCCUCUACCCUGACGAAAAGUUCGAUGACAAGAACCUCCAGAUCUGCCGUGCUGCUCGAGCCCUGGGUCUGAACAACAUGUAUGUCGGCCACUUCACCAAGAUCUUCUGUGACCGCAUUCGCUCCAACGCCGCUUCGUACGAUUUCUUGUCCAAGGUUGCCGCACUAGCGUACCCGGAGAACGACCCAAUCCUCGACUGUCUCGCUAACAACCUGGCCAACCUCCGUCUGCGCAACGCUGUCAAGAAGCAUGCUGGGCUCGAGGCUCUUCUGAAGAAGCACACAGGUCUCAAGGAUCGGGUGGAGAAGAUCGAAGAGCGCAUGCGUAAGAAGCAAGAGGAUGCUAAGAUGGCUAAGGGUCUACAGGUUGUCCGUGUUGGUAAGAAGAUGGAUGUGUAGGAUUACGAUGUUCGUGAGAGACACAUGUGACAUGGCGCAUUCUGGUAGGAUUUUGACGAUCUUCUGAGCAUUUACACAGCGCGUAGCAUCUGUGGUGGCACAUUCUUCUCUCGUCUUUCCUGCGUGGUGGUAAAAGUAACGAGAAGUGUUCUUAACCUCCGUAAGUUGUGAGCCUUGCGUUAUCACACUCCCGAAUAGUAUCAAAGAUAAUGUAUAG